AUGGGAAUCCUGGCGUUUGAAGUGGCGUCCACCAUGCUGCGCGCUCUGGAGCUGUGGGGACAACUUGAGCCCGCACACAUGGACCACCUGAGGAAGGUCCUGCAGGAAGAUUCUGCAGGUGAGGGGGGGCGAGAGGAGGCUUUUGAGGCACCUGAAACGGCUGCUGGAACCCGCACAUAUGGACCACCUCAGGAAGAUUCUGCAGUCGAUCCAAGAAUCCACCAAACCGCCAUCACCCCCCUCCCUUUCCCCCCUCCCUUCCUCCCUCCCUUUCUCCCUCCCUUCCCCCCCUCCCUUUCUCCCUCCUUUCCCCCCCUCCUUUUCCCCCCUCCCUUUCCCCCCGCUCUCCCCCCCCUCUCCUUCCCCUUCUCCUUCCCUCCUGUGCGUGUGCAGUCGGACGGAGUGACCAAGAUGAUUCCAGGGGAUGAGAAGCGCCACUGGAGGCUCGCAGGCCUGGAGUACCUAAGGGAGUUGCAGGUGCUGUCAUCUCUUGUGUGUGUGCUGUCACGGCGCUGCAAAGACCCUCGCAUGCACCGCCUCAAGCAGCGCUUAGCGGAGUUGGAGGCUCAAGGGGAGGCGCACCUGCGAGAAAGAGAGGCACAGGAGGGCGGGGAGAGGGAGAGCGGGGGAUCGGAGGGGGAUGCGAGGGAAGGGGAUGCAAGGGAGGGGGGGAUUGGGCGGUUGCAGGGACAGCAGGGGGAUGGGGGGGCGCAGGGGGGAGGGAUGGCGCAGGGGAGUGGGAGGGGGAAGGAGAUGAUGGUGGUGGGGAGGGGAUGGGAUGGGGGAGGUGGAUGGGAGGGGAAGGGGAACGUCAACGUCAACGUCAAUGGCAGUGGCGGCGGCGGCGGUGGUGGUGGGGGUGGUGAUGCGAGUGAGGAGGACUGGUUUCUGUAUUCGCCCAAGGAAGAGGCAUUUCUGCGCAAGUUUCUGGAGAAGAAGGUAACAGCUACCAAUCGCCUGCAUGUGGAGAUGACGCUCCUUGAUAACCUCAUGCCCAGCCCCCUUUCCCCCAUCUUCAAGCCCCUUCCCCCCAUCUUCAACCCCCUUCCCCCCUUCUUCAAUCCCCCUUCCCCCCCUCUCUCCCUCCCCAGCUCGUCCCACUCGCUGCGCAUGGCGCGCUUCACCAAGGACGCACCCUCCUGGGCCACCACCGCCAUUGCCGCCAGCCCUUUUGUGCGCGAGAAGAUUCACAACUUGCGCAGCCUCCUGUAUCCCAACCCCCCUCUCCCCCCCUUCCCCCCUCUUUCCCCCCUUCCCCCCUCUUUCCCCCCUUCCCCCCUCUUUCCCCCCUUCCCCCCUCUUUCCCCCCUUCCCCCCUCUUUCCCCCCUUCCCCCCUCUUUCCCCCCUUCCCCCCUCUUUCCCCCCUUCCCCCCUCUUCCCCCACUUCCCCUCCUCCCACCCUUCUGCUUUUCCCGCUUCCCUGUUCAUUCGCUCUGCUCAAUUUUUAUUCUACCUUCCCGCGUGAUCAUGAUUCUAGACUGAAGCUCAUUCGGCGACUGCAAAAGGAAUCCCUGUGGGUAGAGGACUUUGAUAAGUGCAUGAUGGUGCGUAUAGGGUGGUGCAUGGUGAUGUAUACAUGGGUGAUAAUGGAGUGUGGGUGCAUGGAUGGGUGGAUGGAUGCAUGUGUGGGUGGGUGCAUGGAUGGGUGGGUGCAUGGAUGGAUGGAUGCAUGUGUGGGUGGGUGCAUGGAUGGGUGGGUGCAUGGAUGGAAAAGCAGUAGGGGUGACCCAUCUUCCUAUCUACGUGCUUUCCCCUCAUCUUCCUCUCACCCUUCCCCCCCUUCCCUGCUUGCCUUCUUCUGGAACAACGCCCCAUGGCCACCUGUUUACAGCAGUGCUGCUGCUGACCAGUUCCUUAAGAGACUCCUCACCAUCCUUACCCCCCUGCUGGCAGCAGCAGUGGCGAUUCUCUCCUACAAGGUGCGCUCCACGUUCAAGUGGCAGAGGGGAGGCGGCAGCAGCGGCACAGGGGGGGCCGCAGCAGAGGACGAGCGGGAGGGUGUGGCGGGGACAGUGGGCGAGGCGGGACUGUCGAUCCGCUAUGCCCACACGCUGCAGAUUCUGGAACGGAUUCUCAACAAGCCCACGCUGCUGCUGAGAGCGCAGAGGUGA